AUAACCAUUACCAGUCCACUUCGAUUCUCGCUCUCUCUCUUCUCACAACACAAACAAAACCCACUCACACUUUCUCUAAGCUACUCUCCCAUUCUCCCAGCAAUUCUGCUUCUCUGUCUCUCUCUCUAAAACUCUAUCUCUCUCUCUCUCUCUAUAUAUAUAUAUAUUAUACUUCGGUUCCGCCAUGGACGUAGCUUGUCAGCUCGUCUGCUGUGGAGUCGAUCCUAUUCGUCGCACUUCUCUCUCUUCCUCUUUCAUCAACACGACAACGACCAGUCAUCACCGUUCAUUCCCGUCUACAAUCAGGAUUCGGAGGCGAAACGGCGUCGUGCGAGCCGUGGCCACAGAGCCCAAACCGACCGAUACAGGACCUUCGCGAUCUCCGCCAAAAGUGGUUAAUGGAUCUCCGAGAUCGUCUCCGCCCAAGGCAGUCAAUGGUGCUUCCACGAGAAUGGAAAAUGUUUCGAAGGAGAUCAAAAGAGUGAGAGCACAGAUGGAAGAAAAUGAACAGUUGGCGAUACUUAUGAAGGGGCUUAGGGGUCAGAAUUUGAGGGAUUCCCAGUUUGCUGAUGACAAUAUUCAGCUUCGCCUUGUUGAGGUUGAUGAAAGCAGCGAGUUUUUGCCUUUGGUGUAUGAUCCUGCUACCAUCUCUGCAUAUUGGGGGAAGAGACCACGUGCUGUUGCAACCCGUAUUGUACAGUUGCUAUCUGUUGCUGGAGGUUUUCUUUCACGUCUUGCCUGGGAUGUGAUAAACAAGAAGGUUAAAGAGAAUGAAGUUGCGCGAGCGAUUGAGUUAAGAGAGAUUGUUACCUCUUUGGGUCCGGCAUACAUAAAACUUGGGCAAGCAUUGAGCAUUCGACCAGAUAUACUGUCACCUGCUGCAAUGACUGAGCUGCAAAAGCUCUGUGACAAGGUUCCAUCAUUUCCAGAUGAUGUUGCCAUGGCUCUCAUAGAGGAGGAGCUUGGUCAGCCGUGGUAUAACAUCUAUUCCGAACUGACUUCCUCUCCUAUUGCUGCUGCAUCUCUUGGCCAGGUGUAUAAGGGUCGGCUAAAAGAGAAUGGGGAUUUGGUUGCUGUUAAAGUACAGAGGCCUUUUGUCCUUGAGACUGUAACAGUUGAUUUGUUUGUCAUAAGGAAUCUGGGAUUGGUUCUUCGGAAGUUUCCUCAGGUCUCCAUUGAUGUGGUUGGACUGGUAGAUGAAUGGGCUGCCCGUUUUUUUGAGGAGCUUGAUUAUGUUAAUGAGGGUGAAAAUGGAACCUACUUUGCUGAGAUGAUGAAGAAGGACCUUCCACAGGUGGUUGUACCAAAAACCUAUAAUAAAUAUACUUCAAGAAAGGUUCUGACUACACAGUGGGUAGAAGGAGAAAAGCUUUCACAAAGUAAAGAAAGUGAUGUCGGGGAACUAGUCAAUGUUGGAGUCAUAUGCUACUUAAAGCAGUUGCUUGAUACUGGUUUCUUCCAUGCCGACCCACAUCCUGGAAAUAUGAUCCGGACUCCAGAUGGGAAGCUUUGUAUACUUGAUUUUGGCCUGGUUACAAAACUGACAGAUGAUCAGAAAUAUGGGAUGAUUGAAGCUAUUGCUCACCUUAUUCAUCGGGACUAUGCAGCUAUAGUGAAAGAUUUUGUCAAACUUGGUUUCAUUCCAGACGGGGUUAAUUUGGAACCCAUCUUGCCUGUUCUGGCCAAGGUUUUUGAUCAGGCACUUGAAGGUGGUGGAGCAAAAAAUAUCAACUUUCAGGAGCUGGCGUCAGAUUUGGCGCAGAUAACAUUUGACUAUCCAUUUAGGAUUCCACCUUAUUUUGCUCUUAUAAUUAGAGCAAUAGGGGUGCUGGAAGGCAUAGCUUUGGUGGGGGAUCCUGAUUUUGCUAUCGUAGAUGAAGCGUAUCCAUAUAUUGCACAGAGACUCCUGACUGAUGAAUCACCACGUCUAAGGAGUGCUUUACGCUACACAAUAUAUGGAAAAUCUGGAGUUUUUGAUGCUGAAAGAUUCAUAGAUGUUAUGCAAGCCUUUGAGAAUUUCAUAACUGCAGCCAAAAGUGGAGGUGGUGAGGAUCUGAACGGGGAUAUGGCUGAGCUUGGUAUUCUGCAAAUUCAAAGAAGCAAUGUCCCCAUAUUUCCAUUUAGUUCAUCUCAAUCAGAGCAGCCAAUUCAAACAAGAGCAGCCUUAGCAUUUCUAUUGUCAGAGAAGGGGAACUUUUUUCGAGAAUUUCUUUUGGAUGAGAUUGUGAAGGCUAUUGAUGCUGUUACGAGGGAACAGUUGGUAAGAAUAAUGGCGGUCCUUGGAAUUGGAAAUGCUGCCCCGGUUUUUAGCAUGGUUCCUGCUUUGGGACCCAUUAGGCCUGUGGGUCUUGUACCUACCGUAACUGAGGAGGACGAAGUCAUACUGAACAAUGUUCAGAAAAUCAUUGAAUUCUUGACUGCAGGGAGUUCAGCAUCAAGGUCAUCAAAUCAGACUGUUAAUGUUACUCAGGUAGUUCAAGAACUUCUUCCGGUGUUGCCAGGCAUCUCUGCAAAAGUGCUUCCCGAGGUGAUCACUCGACUAUCUUCCCGAGUAAUGGCACGCAUAAUUCGUGACACAUUUAUACGAUGAAGUCGCAGUAGUCUUGCUACUUCGAGGCCCGCAGAAUUGUACAUAUAACCAUUCACAUUCAAAAUGAUUUUCCCAAAUCCAUAUUUGUUUAUACCCAGUUGAUUGCUCCACAAACCCUAGUCUGAUUUCAGUUCUCUUAGAUGGUUACCGUAUAGGCCGAGGCUGAAAAGGAAUGGAUGUAUUAUUUGAGAAAAGGAAAAAAAAUAGAAAAGCUAACAAAGAUUUUUGUUUAAAGCUUUUUGUUUUUC